AUGUCGGCCCACAGAGUAGCCCAAGAAACCGGUAAUCAAGACGCCAACGGUCCACCAGAGCUCACCGAGGACGAUCUGACCUGUUGCCACCGCUGCACCUGCUGCAGCCCCAAACUCCGGGAGAUCCUCGUAACGGAUCCCCUGACCUGUUGCCACCGGUUCACCUACGCCCAAGUCUUCUGGCUGAUCACCAUAACCGGUCACCUCCUCAUGGGCUACGCCAUACUCUACCUGUACCUGGGCGAUCCCAUGCUCCCGGGCAACCAGCUCUUCGGGCUAUUCGGCCUCAUCGUAUUCGCCUACUUCCUGGGCUGGAGCCUCGCCCACCUGCCUUACCUCCACCUACCGCCCGUCUUCGGCAUGCUCCUCGCCGGCAUCAUCCUCCGCAACUGCGACUUGUACGACAUUCGCGAGGAGCUCGGCGGUACUCUGGCCUCGAAGAUACGCAACUUCGCGACGACCUUCGUCAUGCUGCGCGCCGGUCUUCAGCUAACCUCUACGGCCCUGCGCGAGCACCCUUUCUCCGUCCUCAAUCUCGCCGUCGUCCCCUGCACCAUGGAGAUGCUGACCGUGGCUCUCUGUUGCUACGCGAUCCUUGGCUACCCGGUCCUUUGGGCCUUCCUCGCUGGGAGCAUAAUCGCCUGCAUAUCCCCGGUGGUGACCAUCAAUUGCAUCGUUGCCCUGGCCGAGCGUGGCUACGGCGAGGACAAGGAGAUGGCGAGUCUACUCUUCACCGCGGCCUCGAUCGACGACGUCCACAUCGUCUCCGUCUACUCGAUUUGCUUCGGUUUCAUCUUCACAAACGGUAAAAAACAAGAGCAGUGGUGGGCUCAUCUGCACGGAGGCAUACGGGACUUGAUCAUCGGCAGCUUCGUCGGGGCCACCUUGGGCCUUUUCUUCGUUUUCUUCCCCCACAGAUCGCAAAAGUACUCCCUGUUGUAUCGAGUGUGCGGUUUGGUACUGGGAUCGCUCAUGUGCACGUCGGCCACGACAAAGGUUUCGAUAACGGGCGGUGGCUUUCUAGCCACCAUCAUCAUGUCCCUGAUAGCGACCACGGGCUGGCGUGUGCUUACCGUACCAUUUGAUGUGAAGCCCUUGCGCAAAGCUGUGCACGUUAUGUGGCACUUCAUGCAGCCCGUUCUCGUUGGCGUUAUCGGGGCCGAUAUCGAUCUGCGCAACUGGUCUCCGUCCAGGUUUUGCCUUCACAGCCUCUGCAUUAUCCUGGGAGCGGUGGUUCGUAUGGUUUUUGCCUAUUUAGCUACUCAUCACACGCGUUUUAAAGUAAAAGAGCGUAUUUUUAUCGCACUAUCAUGGCUUUCAAAGGGUACUCUUCAGGCAGCUUUAGCGCCAAUGGUGUUCGAACAGGCAAAAACUUCAGGUAACCCAGAAGAUCUUGAUUUAGCCCUGGACAUGGUUCGUAUGGCAAUCAUUUCAAUUCUAUUUUUAGCACCAUUGGGUGCAAUAAUUAUGAUGGUGACUGGACCACUACUGCUUAAUAAGAGUUCAAUGGAGGAAUAUCGUAAACAUCGGGAGCAAAGCGUCAUCCGCAUCAUGAGUCUACAACCGAUUCGAAGACGACAUAAUACAACUCGAUAA